GUUCUAGAUUAGGAAACAAAAUGAACUGUUUAUUUGCUUGUUUGUUUGUUGUUUUGUUUUUAUUAAAUAGAAUAUGCGCAUUAUGGCUAAAUAUUAUACACGAGUUCGAACACAAAAAAUGGCUGAUUUACUUGAUUUAACAAAAGAUGAAGCUGAACAAUUCUUAUCAAAUCUUGUUUCAAAUAAAACUAUUAAUGCUAAAAUUGACCGUCUUCAAGAUAUUGUUACAUUUCAACAAAAGCAAUCUCCACAAGAAAUUCUUAAUGAAUGGUCGGUUAAUCUCAAUUCUUUAAUGACAAUUAUUAAUAAAACAUGUCAUUUAAUUAAUAAAGAAGAAACUGUUCAUGCUGUACGGACUUAA